AUGUCUUCUGCCGCGCUCUGCAUGAGGACAGUACGAGCCUAUGCUCGCCAUGGCUCCAAUACCACACCCCUCCUGGCGCGCGCCUUCUCGGCGUCCAGCCGCCGACUCGAGAUCAACAAGGUGUUUCCCUCGGCGGCUGAGGCCCUCAAGGACAUGAAGCCCGACUCGACGCUGCUGUGCGGCGGCUUCGGCCUCUGCGGCGUGCCCGACACGCUGAUCAACGAGGUGCUGAAGAAGCCCGAGCUCACGGGUCUCACGGCUGUCUCGAACAACGCCGGCACCGACACGUCGGGGCUCGGGCAGCUGCUCAAGACGAAGCAGAUCAAGAAGAUGGUGGCCAGCUACAUUGGCGAGAACAAGACGUUCGAGACCAUGUACCUCACGGGCGAGGUCGAGCUCGAGCUGACGCCGCAGGGCACGCUCGCCGAGCGCUGCGCCGCCGGCGGCAAGGGCAUCCCGGCCUUCUACACGCCGGCGGCCUUUGGCACGGUCGUGCAGACGGGCGACCUGCCGCUGAAGAACAAGGCCGACGGCACGCCGGCCGAGUUCUCGUACCCCAAGGACGUCAAGGUGUUCAACGGCAAGUCGUACCUGCUCGAGCACAGCAUCGACGGCGACUACGCCUUUGUCAAGGCCUACAAGGCCGACAAGCUCGGCAACUGCCAGUUCCGCCUCGCCGCCAACAACUUCAACGGCGCCAUGGGCCGCAACGCCAAGAUGACCAUUGUCGAGGCCGAGCACAUUGUCGAGCCCGGCGAGAUCAGCCCCGAGGCCAUCCACCUGCCGGGCAUCUACGUCAAGCGCGUCAUCCAGAGCACCGAGGACAAGAAGAUUGAAAAGUACACGUGGGCCAAGGACGACAGCGACGCGUCGGCCACGUCGGCGCUCGGCUCGGGCGACACGGCGGCCAAGCGCGAGCGCAUCGUGCGCCGCGCCGCCAAGGAGUUCAAGAACGGCAUGUACGCCAACCUCGGCAUCGGCAUGCCCAUGCUGGCGCCCGGCUUUGUCGGCCCCGAGGUCGAGGUGCAGCUGCAGUCGGAGAACGGCAUCCUCGGCCUCGGCCCCUACCCGAAGAAGGGCCUCGAGGACGCCGACCUCAUCAACGCCGGCAAGGAGACGGUGACGCUGAACCCCGGCGCCGCCGUCUUCGGCAGCGAGGAGAGCUUCGGCAUGAUCCGCAGCGGCCGCAUCAACCUCACCAUCCUCGGCGCCAUGCAGGUCAGCAGCACGGGCGACCUCGCCAACUGGAUGCUGCCCGGCAAGGUCAAGGGCUUCGGCGGCGCCAUGGACCUCGUCAGCAACCCCAGCGCCACCAAGGUCGUCGUCACCAUGGAGCACACGGACAAGAAGGGCAACCCCAAGAUUGUCAAGCAGUGCGCCUUUCCGCUGACGGGCCGCGCCUGCGUCUCGCGCAUCAUUACGGAACUGGGUGUCUUUGACGUCGACUUUGCCCACGGCCUGCAGCUCGUCGAGAUUGCCGACGGCGUGACGGUCGAGGAGAUCAAAAACAAGACGGAGGCGCCGUUCACCGUCGCCGAGGACCUCAAGCCCAUGCUGUGA